GUAGACAUCCAGGGUCCUCUAUUGUUGCUUCUGCCAUUCCAGCUCUCCUCUUCCCUCCCUUUUCCGAAUCCCAGGUUUAUUAGUGCCUUCCAUGGCCUUCUCCACCAUCAAUCGAUCUCUCUUCUCCUCCCUCCCUAACUUGUUCGAAACUCCCUUCCCCUCUCUCUCCCUCCCUCGCCUCCUCUCCACUGCCACCACCACCGCGGCCGCCGAAUUCUCUCACCUCCUCCUCUCGAACUCCUCACUUCCAACGCUCGAAAGAGUCCUCUCCGGUUCCCAGUCCAAGCUCGAUCAUUCCAUCGUCCAAUCCGUCCUCCGUCAAUCCUCCGACCGCAUUUUGGCGCUCCGCUUCUUCGUCUGGGCCGGGCUCCAGCCCCACCACCGCCACUCCGCGGCCGCCUACGCCGCCGCUUCCGACUCCCUCCAGAUCCCCCGCCAUCCCCAGGCGUUUACCCACCUCCUCGACUCCUACCGGGCCGCUGACGCCCCCGUAUCUCUCAAAACCUUUAAAAUUCUCCUCAACCUCUGCCGCCACGCCAAUCUCCCCGACGAGGCCCUCGCCCUCGUCCGCCGAAUGCGGGAGUUCGAUUGCCGCCCCGAUACCUCCUCUUACAACACUGUCCUCCGCCUCUUAGCCAAUAGCGGCCGCGGCGAGAUUGGAGCUGCUCUUUUGGAGGAAAUGAUCAUGGCUAGGGUGAACCCAGACAUGGUCACCUAUGUGACUGCUGUGCGGGGACUCUGCGCCGUGGCCAAAAUUGAGGCAGCCCAGGGCCUCGUAGCCCGAAUGCGGGCAAAUGGGUGUGUGCCCAAUGUGGUUGUUUACUCUGCACUGCUCGAUGGGGCUUGUAGCUGUGGUGAUCUCCUUGCAGCAAUGCAGCUUUUGGAUGAGAUGGAGAGUGAAUUAGAUAAUGGUUGUGCACCGAAUGUGGUGACAUACACUUGUUUGAUAAAAUGCCUGUGUGAGAAGGGCCGGCUGGAGGAGGCAUUGGGGAUCUUGGACCGGAUGGGGAGGCGGGGGUGUCGCCCCAACCAGGUCACGGUAAGAACUAUCCUGAAUGGGUUCUGUGCCAAAGGGAAGCUUGGUGAGGCUUGUGAGCUGAUUGAGAGAGUGGUGGGGGAGGGGAGUGUUUCUUCCGAGGACUGCUAUAAUUUGCUUGUGGUUUGUUUGUUGCGAGUCAGGAACGUACAGGAGGCAGAGGAGCUUAUGACGAGGAUGUUGGAAAAGGGUAUCAGUCCAAGUGGGGUGGCGUGCAAUUCUUUGUUGAGGGAGCUCUGCAAUCGAAAGCAGUUCAUGGAUGGGUAUAAUUGGUUUCAAAAGAUGGAAGAGAAGGGGUUGGCAUGUGUUGAUUCAGAUGUCUAUGUUCUUCUUUUGGUAGGGCUUCAUGAAAAGGGUCAUUCAACAGAGACAUUGAUAUUAGGAAGGAAGAUUGUCGAAAGGGGUAUUCAUUUGGAGGCUUUUAGCAAUGAUGGUGUAGCGGAGUUAUUGCAGAAGUUAAGUGAAAGUGACUUAACAUCACAUUAGUUGUAGUUUUGAGUUGAUGCAGCAGAUUGGUAAAGCAUAAAGAGCAUGAAGUUGGUAUGGCACAAGGAGGAAAAUAAGAAUCAUUGAAGAUGGAUUUGUACCUUGAUUUUCAAAGAAAAGGCCAAUGGUGCAGGCAAAAGAACCAAACCAACAAAACUGAAACAAGUUUUCGUGGUAUUUUUUUAGUAAUAUCUGUAGUCAUUGUGCAAAUUUACCUGCAGGAUGAUUUGAAUUAGUCCUUGUAAAAGGAGAUGAGCAUAGAAUAGAACUACUACUGGAAAUUCUACUGAAGUUGACUUGCAUUUUUUGGAUACUCACUUGUCCAAUAUGUUUGGGCAGCAAAGAGGUGCUAAUGGGGUGUCGUGGUGCCCUUAACACCAACUUUGCUAUGUUAUGGUAUAUGUGACAGGCAUCAUCUCCUUUUAUAUUUU